AUGGGCCAUAUGUCCUCAGCCGACCGCAGGAGAGAAGAGGAAGGAUUUGGGAUGAGCGAGGUGUACAAUGUUCACUAUACUAUGAGCAUUAAUGGAAAAGUACAGGAUGGAUCGAUGGAAAUAGAUGCUGGAAACAACUUAGAGACAUUCAAAACAGGAAGCGGGAGCGAAGAGGCUGUUGAAGUUCAUGAUUUUCAGAUUGGCAUAACUGGAAUCCGUUUUGCUGAAGGAGAAAAGUGUUACAUCAAAGCUCAGCCAAAAGCUCACGUCCCCGAAGUUGAUGCUAUGACUAAAGCAAGCCUCUCAUCUGAGCUGGAAGAUGAAAUCAUGCCUGUGAGAUUUGACGAAAACUCCCUUAUCUGGGUGGCUGCAGACGAGCCUAUCAAGCAUAACAGUUUCCUAAGCCCCAAAAUUUUAGAGCUUUGCAGGGAUCUUCCAAUUUUCUGGCUUCGACCAACGUAUCCCAAAGAUAACCAAAGGAGAGAAAUGAAGAGAAACAAACGCCAAUCAGAAUCAAACUUUGAUACAGAAGACUUGGAAGCUGCUACUGAAGAAGUAAAUACCAGGUCGCCCACCACACAGCUGACUCAAGAGCUUGAUCGCCAAUCUAAUGAAACCAGGCCAAUGGGACAAGAAACUGAUCAAACACUGAAUCCAGACAAUCCAUAUAAUCAACUGGAAGGUGAAGGGAUGGCUUUUGACCCCAUGCUGGAUCACCUAGGUGUGUGCUGCAUUGAAUGCAGACGAAGUUACACACAGUGCCAGAGAAUUUGCGAGCCUCUCAUGGGCUACUACCCGUGGCCGUACAACUACCAAGGCUGUCGUACCGCCUGCCGAAUCAUCAUGCCCUGCAGCUGGUGGGUCGCCCGUAUCAUGGGUGUUGUGUGAGAAAAAGCAAUCAGAGCCUUGACAAAAUAAGCAGGAACGCAAUGACGACAAACUGGUAAAAGACUACAACCAAAGCAGCAGUACCAAUCCUGGCUUUUAAAUCAAAGUGUGGGUUACUGCACCAAAAGCAAGGUCAGAUAUUCUAACUGUAAAUAAAAAUCUUAAGUUAAUAUUCCAUUAGCUUUACAAAUGACAAGGGUAUACUAGUACUUACUGAAUUCAAAAACUAAGACAUCCCCAAAAAAGACAAUAUUAAACUUUGCUCACAAACUGGUUUAGCAGUCCAGAAGCUUGCUCAUAAAUCCAAAUUCAGCCUUUCAUAGCAAAACCCUCUCUCUGCGCUAGAUGUGAAAAUUUACGUCCAAUUAGGCAACUAGCUCAACUUGUACACUUGGGAGUACCUUUCAUCCAUGUAGCUUACUUAAAUAAAUCACAAGUUGCUCCCCGUUGCUAUUCAUACCGAAUUGCCGGGUCAUUACGAAUGGUUAUAAACCAAUUACAGCAUACCUUUCCCACAAAGCUGCUCCGGGGGACACGGGAAAGCGCACAUUGUGCUAAAUCGGAAACAAACGGCAGGAAAAGGGGCUGCGGAAGGGAAUGUGCGUGGCUGCAGAAUCAAAACGCUUCGCACAUCCCAACAUCAAAGAAGCCCCAGCAUCAAGAAUCUUGUAUCCAUGAUACCACUGUAGUGUCUAACAAGUAUCUGCUAUCCAGCUUCUACAGCAAAAGUAUUUACAUGCAGUUGCAGACCAAAGAGUGUCAAGACCCUUCAGAAUCUACAAGAGCCACUGUAUUUAUAAAUCCUUGAACUAGACACUUUUGACACAAGAUUACAACUCCUCUUUAUUCCACAUGGAUAGCAGCCAUUCAUACUAGCUCCUUUAGCUUCGCUGAAGCUAACCUCCAUUCCCUGCAAGAGAAACUGCUUACCAGUAAGGAGGAAAAACAAAAGAAAGAAAAAAAAAAGGGUUUCUAACCCUUUUUGCUUAGGCAAACUCUGCAAUUAUUGGGAUUGAUCCUAUUACAUAUUAAGUCUCUAAGGAAGGUACUAAGCUGAA